AUGGAGUACACGCCGCCCCCCAAGCCGCAGCUCUCCUCCCGGGCCAACGCCUUCUCCAUCGCCGCGCUCAUGUCGAGCGGCAGCUCCAAGGACAAGGAGUCCCCCGAGAGCACCAUCAAGCCUCUGGAACAAUUCGUUGAGAAAUCCUCCUGCGCCCAGCCUUUGAGUGAUUUAUCCAGCCUGGACCCUCACGGGGAUUUUAGCAGCAGCCCUUCUUCCCUGUGCACCGAGCCCCUCAUCCCCACCACCCCCAUCAUCCCCAGCGAGGAGAUGGCCAAAAUCUCCUGCAGCCUGGAGACCAAGGAGCUCUGGGACAAGUUUCAUGAGCUGGGUACCGAGAUGAUCAUCACCAAAUCCGGGAGGAGAAUGUUUCCUACGAUCAGAGUUUCCUUCUCGGGAGUGGAUCCUGAGGCCAAGUAUAUUGUGUUAAUGGAUAUAGUUCCUGUGGACAAUAAAAGAUAUAGAUAUGCCUACCACAGGUCUUCCUGGUUAGUGGCUGGAAAAGCUGACCCUCCUCUCCCUGCAAGGUUGUAUGUGCACCCUGACUCCCCGUUCACAGGAGAGCAACUGCUGAAGCAGAUGGUGUCCUUCGAAAAAGUCAAACUCACCAACAAUGAGCUGGAUCAGCAUGGUCAUAUCAUUCUGAACUCCAUGCACAAGUACCAGCCAAGGGUGCACAUCAUUAAGAAGAAGGAUCACACAGCUUCUUUGCUAAAUCUGAAAUCAGAAGAGUUCAGAACAUUCAUCUUUCCAGAGACAGUUUUUACUGCUGUUACUGCCUACCAGAAUCAAUUGAUAACCAAGCUGAAAAUUGACAGCAACCCUUUUGCUAAAGGAUUCCGUGACUCUUCCAGACUCACUGAUAUCGAGAGAGAAAGUGUGGAGAGCCUUAUCCAAAAGCAUUCCUAUGCUCGAUCCCCCAUUCGGACCUAUGGAGGAGAGGAUGAUCUUGGAGAUGACAGCCAGGCAACACAAAGCAGAGGGUCAGCCUUUACAACAUCUGAUAACCUGUCCCUCAGUUCCUGGGUUUCCUCUUCAACCAGUUUCCCAGGAUUUCAGCAUCCACAGUCUUUGAGUGCCCUGGGUACCAGCACUGCCUCCAUAGCUACACCCAUUCCUCACCCGAUCCAAGGAUCUCUGCCUCCGUACAGCCGCCUGGGAAUGCCUCUUACACCCUCUGCUAUAGCCAGCUCCAUGCAAGGCAGUGGCCCCACUUUCCCAUCCUUCCACAUGCCAAGGUACCACCAUUAUUUUCAGCAGGGUCCUUAUGCAGCUAUCCAAGGACUGCGUCACUCCUCCGCAGUGAUGACGCCGUUUGUAUGA